AUGACAGACUUGAAUGCAUCACGUGUCAACCACCAUAGUUUCAUUCUGACAGGUAUCCCAGGGAUGCCGGACAAGAACAUAUGGAUGGCCUUUCCUCUGGGAUUUCUGUACACACUCACACUCCUGGGAAAUGGUACUAUCCUAGCUGUCAUCAAGGUAGAUCAGAGUCUCCAUGAGCCUUUGUACUACUUCCUCUCGAUCCUGGCUCUCACUGACGUUAGCCUCUCCAUGUCCACCUUGCCCACCAUGCUCAGCAUCUUCUGGUUCAGUGCCCCUGAGAUUGCAUUUGAUGCAUGCAUCACACAGAUGUUCUUCAUCCAUGGAUUUGGAGUAGCAGAAUCAGGAGUCCUAGUGUCCAUGGCCUUUGACAGGUUUGUGGCCAUCCAAGACCCACUACGCUAUGCUUCCAUCCUCACCCAUGGCAUUGUUGGAAAGAUUGGAAUAGUGGUUCUCACCCGGGCUGUUUGUGUGGUCUUCCCUGUGCCUUUCCUUAUAAAGCGGCUACCUUUCUGCCAUUCCAAUGUCUUGUCUCAUUCGUACUGUCUUCACCAGGAUGCAAUGCGGCUGGCCUGUGCCAGCACCCACGUCAACAGCCUCUACGGACUUGUCAUUGUCAUCUUCACCUUGGGGAUCGAUGCGCUUGUCAUUCUCUUUUCUUACAUACUCAUUCUCAAGACUGUGCUGGGCAUUGCCUCCAGGGCAGAAAGGCUUAAAGCUCUCAACACCUGCCUCUCUCACAUCUGUGCUGUGCUUCUCUUCUAUGUGCCUCUUAUUGGGGUCACCAUGAUCCACAGAUUUGGGAAGCAUUUAUCACCAAUAGUGCACACGCUCAUGGCCAAUGUAUACCUGCUACUCCCCCCUGUGCUAAACCCCAUUGUUUAUAGUGUGAAGACCAAGCAGAUACGAAGACGGAUCACCCAAGUAAUACUUGGUACAAAAUAA